AUGGGGCUCAACGCACGAUGGCCGGCGCCCGUGCUGGGCUGGGCCGUCCUCUUACUGGCGGCUGGGAUGUAUCAGGCCACCGCCCAACAAAUGACCCUCGAUGAUCUGGCCAAGCCCAUUCCCAUGACGCCUGGUGACUUUGAUUUGUUGCGAGAAGCUGGCACCUUUCCCAUUGUGCUGGCCUUUGAUCAGAAAGCUGCCGAUGCUGCCGGCAGUGAGCUCGAGGGCUUGGCCCGAGUCAUGCUUGUUGAUGUCCAAGAGCCCGACCAUCUGGCUCAUUUGGGCCUCGAAGCCGGCCAACUGCCCACGUACCGUGUUUUUGGGUACAAGGCCGAUGCUUCAGCCUCGGGCCAAGACUUUGAGGUCAGCGUCCUCUGCUGCAAGACUCGACCCAGUUGA